GCGUUAAGAAUGGACGGUCAGAGUUUUUGAGAGGAGAUUUAUUUCUUAUUUUACGGGGAUAUAUCUGUGUUUGUGUGUUACAAAAGUCGUUGUGCAUGUCCCAUAAUGUCGGAGGAUAAUAAGGAUAGCAAGAGACGGUUAUCUUCGGAUGGUUCGACACCAAAACCGGACAGUAAGUUAGCCAAAACAGGGAGGGGAGCCAAUGGCGGGCAAGUCGGCACGUUCAAAAAUACACCACCGCCCGCACAUUCGAACACUGCGCAACCAGCAUGGGUGGAUCAACUAAUGAUUCGAAUCGGAGAACUUGACGCCAAAAUGUCGAAAAUUGACAAAGUAAGUUCAGAUUUGACUACAUUGUGCGAUCGCAUUGAAAAUAUACAGACUAGAGUUGGUAAUCUAGAGAAGUUUACUGGUAACUUGGGGAACUCGAUGGGGGAAAUCAAGAAAUCUCAGACUAGCCUAAAAGGAGACGUUGAGGAAACAGUUAAGGAAAUCAGAGAACUCAAGUUAGCGAAUAAACAAUUACAAGGCCAAAUUACAGAUCUGCAGGCAAGAAGUAUGAGGGAUAAUUUGCUUUUUUUCGGACUCGCAGAAUACCGCGGCAGUGGAAAGGAGAACUGUGCAAAUCUGAUCAACGAGUUCUGUGAAGCAGAACUGAACAUUGUUGACAUUAAAGAUAAUAUCGAGCGUGCCCAUAGGAUUGGACGAUUCCAGUACAACAAAACAAGGCCUAUUGUUGUGAAAUUCUCGAACUUCAGGGUCAGGGAAAGUGUCAGGACAUCUGGAUACAAGCUCAAAAACAAGCAGUACAACAUACGAGAACAAUUUCCUAAAGAAAUCGUUGAGAAACGAAAGGCUUUAAUGCCUAUAUUGAGAAAAGCAUUGGAGGAAAAUAGAAGGGCUGUAUUGAAAUACGACAAACUAUUCAUUGACGGCAAACUAUACAUGGGAGAGACAGGAAACACCAUUAACACAGAGGCUGGCAGAGACGAUCCCGAGGAUGACGAGCCUGCGGACAUACUUACAGAGGACGCUGGAAACGGCAGAGGUGAAGCUUAGGGGCAAUCGGAGGAUGAUUUCGUGAAGAUAAUCAGCUUGAACAUAAACGGGGGUUUUGCCAGUAAA